CAAUAACAAAAAAGAAAAAAAGUAGGCCCUCAGCUUGUUCAUUGACAUUAUAAUAGUAUAUAAUAUGUCCAAACACACCCUUUCCAACUGUCAAAUCUCCUCAUCCAUCCAACUCUUCCAAUGCCUAGUAACUUUUUUUCAGACACAAGAAGCUAUGGGAAAUGGAAUUUGAGUAGUAGUCCUUCUGCAGCACAUCCUGAGACAAUGGACGUGCUUUCACAAGCAUGGUGCAAUUUUGCAGUUCAAACCAUCCACCCUGAGCUGCAAGAUCACAAGCCCCUCGUUCUCUUAGACAGCCACACCCCAGUCAAAGAGCUCGAUCCUUUUCCGAGACUGGAGAAAACCGUAAAGAUGGAAGCUGAAGAUCAUGUCAAGCCCAUUCCACCAUGGAAAUCAAAUGAUAUGAAGUCGUUUAUAUGGAUGCAACAAGCAAUGCAUCCGGAGCUGAACUACAGUGGUUAUUUCCGAAAGAAAUGGUUUGAUUGGAAGAUUGUGCCAUUCAAGAACUUCUCGAUCAAGAAAUGGAUAAAGGAGAUAAGACAGAAGCGAAAAGACGAAGAGAGGGUUCAGAGGGCAGAAAUCCACGCGGCUAUUUCGGUGGCUGGCGUGGCAGCUGCACUUGCCGCCAUUGCAGCAGCCGACACCUCACCAUCAAAAGAUCAUGACAACUCAGGUGCGUGCGGGAGGGACGCCGCCGUGGCUUCCGCCGCCGCCUUGGUCGCCGCACAGUGCGCCCAAGUGGCCCAAGCAAUGGGCGCCAAAAGGGAACAGCUCACCACUGUCAUUGCCUCAGCCAUGGCCACUGCCACUGCCACCGACAUUCUCACCCUCACCGCUGCUGCAGCAACAUCCUUAAAAGGUGCGGCCACGCUUAAAGCUAGAUCUGAAUAUAAAAACAGGUCGACUGGAGUUUCAUCCGUGCUACCUAUAGAAGACAACCAUGAGAUUGAUUUUAACCUUGAAAAAUCAAAAUCCACCCUUGCUAAAGGUCUCAUUCUCAAACUUGAGUCACCAAAUGGAAAGUACAAGAAGAGAUCAAUCUCCAUCAUCCAAAAUAGCGACACCAAGGUCAUUCUUAAGGUUAGGAAGCUUAAUAUGUUGAAGACUAAACAAGAAAGUGUCGUGUUAGAUAUGUAUAUUGAGUUAUACAAAGAUGAAAAUGAAGAAGAAGAUGACAAUGACGACGAAGAUAUUCAUACAUGUUAUCUGAUUGUUUUGACGACAAAUAAAGGCACAUUUAAACUAGACAUGGCUGAUGAUUAUCAUAAAUACAAGAUAUGGGUAACUGCCAUAAAUCAAAUGCUUUUGCUUUCUGCUCAUUCUUUCACAAGAUUAUGAACUUUUUGUAUCGGUGUUAUGAUAUUGUUUCAUGUACUACGCUAUGUUUCCCUAAUUCAAUAUUUGUGAUCAAA